GUCAACUGCUGGUUUUCGUAAACAUUAAAAAUUUGUAUUUUCGCAUCGUAUUAAUUUAUUCGGGUAAUGUCGCAAAUAAAGUAGUAGAAACUAAGCAUGGAGGUGUUCCAGACCGACUCGCACUACAUCUUUGUGAAGCGCGACAAGAGUUUGUGGUGGCAUCGCAGGACGUCGGAGUUUUCGAUAAAAGCAGGAAGGGAUCUUAGCUCUGUGGACGACAUCGAGUGCAUUGGAGUAACGCAUGGCAUUGUGGGUGUAAUCUCGCUGCCCAACGUCUAUGAGCCCCACUUGAUUGUGGUCAAGGAGGCCACCGCUGUGGGUGUUCUAUAUCCACCCCACUUGGUGUACAAGAUCAAAUCCAUAUGCAUACUCAGUGCCGAGGAGCCGGACACCGAUUUGCCCAACUGCACCAAGCACUCAAAGAGCAACCAGUCCACGCCCACUCACAGCGUUUCGAGCUCGAACAACAACAAUGCCAGCGCUCCAUCAAGUGGCGGUGGCGGCUCCUCGAAGAGCACCAAGCUUUUCGAGGGCAUGAACAAGACGUGGGGCGCCGUCAAGAGUGCCGGGAACACCAUCAAAAACACCACUCAGCAGGCUGCGAAUUUGGCUACCAAGCAGGUCAAGUCAUCGGUGGGCAUCCGGGAGCCCAAACACAUUGAGCGGCGCAUCACAGAGGAGCUGCACAAGAUAUUCGACGAGACGGACAGCUUCUACUUCAGCUUUGACUGCGAUAUAACCAACAAUCUGCAGCGCCAUGAGGCCAAAUUGGAGGAUAGUCAGUCGCAGCCGGAUGAGAGAUUCUUCUGGAACAUGCACAUGAUACGAGAACUGCUCAACUUGAAUGACAAAACAUGGAUACUGCCCAUCAUUCAGGGUUUUAUGCAAGUGGAGAAUUGUGUAAUUGGCAAUGAGUGCUUUACCUUGGCCUUGGUAUCGCGAAGAUCUCGUCAUCGAGCUGGAACACGAUACAAGCGGCGCGGAGUGGACGAAAAGGGAAACUGUGCCAAUUACGUGGAGACGGAGCAAAUACUCUCGUUCCGCCACCACCAGUUGUCCUUUACCCAAGUGCGUGGUUCGGUGCCGAUUUACUGGAGCCAGCCAGGCUACAAGUACCGCCCGCCGCCUCGCUUGGAUCGUGGGGUGGCCGAAACCCAACAGGCCUUCGAGCUGCACUUCACCAAGGAGCUGGAGACCUACGGGCGCGUGUGCAUCGUCAAUUUGGUCGAGCAGAGCGGCAAGGAGAAGACCAUUGGAGAUGCCUUUGCGGAGCACGUUAUCAAGUUCAACAACGAGCUGAUGAUUUAUGUGACUUUCGACUUUCACGAUUACUGCCGCGGCAUGCGCUUCGAAAAUGUUUCGGCUCUGAUUGAUGCCGUGGGCCCUGAGGCAGGCGCUAUGGGCUUCCACUGGCGGGAUCAGCGUGGAAUGAUAUGCAACCAGAAGUCCGUGUUCCGGGUGAACUGCAUGGACUGCCUGGAUCGAACAAAUGUGGUGCAAACGGCCAUUGGAAAGGCGGUGCUUGAAUCUCAGUUAGUAAAACUAGGCCUCUCGCCGCCCUACACUCCCAUUCCGGAGCAACUGAAGUCGCCGUUUAUGGUGCUAUGGGCGAACAAUGGGGACAUCAUCAGUCGACAGUAUGCGGGCACCAAUGCCUUGAAGGGCGAUUAUACUCGUACCGGCGAACGCAAAAUCAGCGGCAUGAUGAAAGACGGCAUGAACUCGGCCAAUCGCUUUUUCAUACAAAACUUUGCCGACUCGUUUCGCCAGUGCAUCAUCGAUCUGAUGCAGGGCCAGCUGCUGCGGGCAGAAGAGCUGCAGGAGGACGAGGUCCUGGACACCAUUCUCCAGAUCCUCACUCCAGAGACCCGGCCCCCGCUUCGGGGCUACUAUAAUCCCGGUGUGCUGGGCCCCGAGCUGCAGCUUCUCGAAUCCAUCGUUACGACCAGCUAUUACUUGGCGCGCUUUAAGGACUCGUACCGCCAGGCCACCAUAGAUCUGAUGCUGGGCAAUCAGGUCUCCUCGGAAUCACUCAGUGCUUUGGGCGGUCAAGCGGGUCCGGAUGAGAGCGAUGGAACGGAAAAUGCGGAGCACGCCAAGUUGCUGGUGGAAGAUUGUCGUCGCCUGCUGCUGGGAACGGCUCAGUAUCCCGUUGGAGCUUGGGGACUCAUAGACGCUGACCCAAGCUCCGGCGAUGCCAACGAGACGGAGGUGGAUUCCAUACUGCUGCUCACUGAUGACUGCUACAUUGUGGCCGAAUACGACUCGCAUCUGGACAAAAUAGUCCGCUUCGAGAAGGUGCAACUGACGCAGGUGCGUCUCAUCGAGUUGGGCAUGCAUCAGCAGACGAAAAUCUUCCAGGGAUCUGCUCCAGCGCAUCUCUGUGUGCGCCUCAACUACAGCGUGGACGAGCAGGAAGGCUACUUCCACAUGUUCCGAUCGGCCAAUCUGAGGUUCUUCAACAACAUGGCCUAUGUGAUCAAGACGCAGGAGGAGAUCACGGAAUCCCUGACCUCCAUUGUCGAGAUGUUCCGCAUUGCUUUGGAUAAUGCCGGCAAUACUGAUGUUCGCUACGUCACGGGUGGGGUGCUGCAACGAAGAAAGAGCAAACUGCCCACGAUGGAUGUUCCCAGGGGCAUGCCGCGCAACCUUUCUGAAUCUCAGCUGGUGCAGUUCAGCUCAAAGGCCCUGUCCAAUGUGGCCGGACAGUUCUCGAAAUUGGGCCAGACCUUUAAGAAGCCGACCAGUGCCAGCCAACAGCAAGCUCAUCCCAGUGGCUUGGCAGCCACCAUCAAUCCGCAAGUGAUGCGUCAGGCGGGAGGAAACGAUAUCGAAUCUGGCCAGGAGGCGGAGAAGGCGGUCUUUACACUGGGCCGCAAGCAACGAAACUCGAACAGCGCCAGCAGCACCGAUACCGACGAGCACGACAACAGUUUGUACGAGCCCGAGGUGGAUUCCGAUGUGGAGAUAGCCCUGGACAAGUCCAACUACAACGAGAACGCCUUCCUGCCGUCGGUGGGCAUUGUCAUGGGAAACCAGAAGGAAGACUCGCCCAGCUCCUCCGAUGAAAUCCGUCAGUUGGAGCAGAAGGACAGCAUGUGCAAGACCGCCGAGGAUGUGCUCACAAUUUCGAUUACCUCUGUGACGGAUCACGUCACUCUUCCCACGGGUCUCCUGGAAAACGCACCACCCAUCCGACCGAUCACGCCCAAUCCGUUGAUAUGCGUGCAAGCCCAGGAGGCCUUUGACGAUGGCGAGGAAGAGGUGAAGCCUGUGUCCAGUACUUCACCCAGGGAUAUGAGCCUUCCUCUGGGCUUGCCCACUCAGACGGAGGCCAACAAGCUAAAGCAGUUGACCAGUCCUCUCUCGAAGCUGGCCAAGAACAUUGGCCUGAACCUAGAUCCUCGCAAGAUUGCCACGAAGACCGGAGUUCUUUCGCCCACUCUCUCCGGAGAAAACACUCCGCCGGAGCGCGGUCCCAGUUCCCGGGAUCAUUUGCUGGAUCUUUGGGAGGCCGAAAAGUGUAAAACCAGGCUAAUAGCCCUGUAAAAAGGGUCCAAAUGCCAGCAAUACGUGAAGAUCUACACUUUUGAAAUAAUUAGUGCAAGUGAUAUAUAUUUAUUUUCAAAAUAGAAAGCAACAAAAUUAA